GAACAGUUUAACUUGUAGCCAUCAUGCAGCAUGACUUUAAGAUUGGCAUGGCCAUUAUAGGCAGCGGGAACUUUGCCCGCGAGGAACACCUGCCAUCUAUCAUAGACUCCAGUGGUUGGGGCUGCGUCCUCAAAGCCGUCUACUCCCGCUCUCUGCAAUCAGCCGAGAAACUGGCAGAGGGUAUCCCAGCUACAGUGGAGAAGAUAAAAAGAGAAUAUGGAAAAGUUCCAGAUGUCGAUAUUUACUCUGAUGACUCGGGCCCGGGGAAGGGGUAUAAAGACUUGCUUGCCCGUGACGAUAUCAUGGCUGUGACUAUUGCUCUCCCGAUUACGAUCCAGCCGGAGUAUAUUCGAUUGGCUAUCCAGGCGGGGAAACAUGUUUUCUCCGAGAAACCUAUUGCCAAAGACGUUGCUACAGCUAUUGAUUUGAUAAGAUGGUAUCGCUCCCAGACAGGUCCUGAUCGGAAGAUUCUAUGGGCUGUGGGAGAGAACUGGCGAUGGAUGGACAAAUACAAGAAAACGGCGGCUGAGGUCGGGCUCCAUGGCCUGGAUAGCUUCCGGGUGAAGGUGCACAGCAUGAUAAAGCCUGACUCCAAAUAUCACAAAACGGAGUGGCGCAGACAUUCUGAUUACCAAGGCGGGUUCCUCUUAGAUGGCGGUGUCCAUGUUAUCGCCGCUAUACGCCUAAUCCUCAAUGAAACUGCCCAUGCUCAUCCCCUGACUGAGGUUUCGGCGCAGUGCAGUCUGCGACAACCACAUCUUGCGCCUAUUGAUACAAUUCAAGCGACCUUAGGGACCAAGAACGGAACACAAGGGACCUUAUCAUUGUCGUAUGGAUCGGAGUCGAACGACCAGAUCUACGAAUUCAAUUAUGGUUCGAGUCCAAUCACGCUUGAUGGUGAUACUCUCACAAAUCAAGGGGAAAUCGCUUUCAACGGCCGGGGUGUCACAAGUGAGAUCCGUAUCUUUGCCUAUUCGAUUCUGGAGAAGAGCGGAGUGGUGCACCAGUCAAUGUCACCCGAGGAGGCAUUAGCAGACCUGGAAGUCAUGGAGAAGAUGAUCCAGAGCAGUGAACGCGGCGGCGGGAAGAUGACAUUAGAGUAUCAAGUGUGGCAUUAGACAAGACACUCCAUAGACAGAUGAUGUAUGCAUUCCCAAAACGGAAAUCAACCAAUCACGUGCCUUGGCAGGGCUUCCCGCCCCAGCCCUAAAAUCCCGAUCGGGAAACGGC